GACAUUGUGACGGGUAUAAUACGACAGAUCAGUGUCAAUUGCAUAAGUCGUCACCGCGCCUUGCAACAAACAAUAGGCAAAGAGAAUCAACCCUUCACAUCCCUCUACCUUGAGUCAUGUACAAAAGAUAUUUUUGGACAGGAAAAGUCCAAGUUGAAAGGCUUAGAGACUUCGAGAUAUUUUGAGUGCGGAAAUUGCGGAAGAAAAAUCUCAGGGGGCCGUUUUGCGCUGCACAUCAACAAAUGUUUUGACAGGGAUCGAAGAUGA